AAAAGUAAUACGGUAGGAACCCUUUGUUCGACAUCUUUUCCAGCCGGUUGGUUUUAAUCGGUGCACACGAGGGGCGCUACUAUCCGGAUGUUGAUGGGCUCACACAUGUUGCGGUUCAGCAGUGCGCUCAGCUUGUGGUCGAUGUAGCUCGUAUUAAUACAAAAUCCUCAGAGCGUUUCCUUUGUCAAACAUCACGAUGUCCGCGGCGUUGGUCAGGAAAGGACUGGAGCUGCUCAGCGAUGAUAGCAACGCAAAGAAGAAGAAGAACAAGCAGAAGAAGAAGAAGCAGCAGACGCCCAGCUCGGCCACUGUGAUGGAGCUGGUGAGCACCAACCGGCAGGGGGUCACGAAGCAGAAGAAACGGCUGCAGGGUCGCCUGGGCCCCGGCAAGAGCAGGGCCACCGUCAAAGACAAGAGGAUCAAGUCUGCAGUGGAAGAGUUUAGGAAGAAGGAAGGGAAGAGCCACAUGAGUGCAAACCUCAAGUACUUCAUCAACACCGGAUGCAAAGCGACAGAUUCGGACACUCUGAAGAUACAGAGUCACAAUACAGGGAGACAGUCCAGGAACCGCCCGGUCCGAACCGCCAAGAAGCCCAAGGAGCCACAGUCGUUGUUCACAGAGGAGGAGUUCCAGCAGUUCCAAAAGGAAUACUUUGGCAGGACUGUCGAGGAGAAGAAAUGAAGCGCACACACUCAAACACAAAGACAAACACAAGACAUUGCAGCCUAAGAGGAGAAAACAGAGCUGCUCAAAAAUAGAUUUCUGAACCAGGUUGUAUUCUGGAAGUUGGAUCUACUUCACGUCUCAUGAAUGGCCCAAAAACUUUUAUAGGCUGAAUCCAUGCUGGCGUAAGGAUUUUGAUACACACACGGGGAACAUUUGAUUUACCUCCCUCAAUAAUAUCAAGAGUUUCAUUCCAAAUUUAGCGUCGUCAGACGAGCAUUAGUUCAUGUUUAGGAUUUCUGUAGAUGGUUGACUGAUAGCAGUUAUUAAUUAUGUUCAGGCAGUUGUAAUUUGUCUUAAGUUUUGCUUUUUCAACUGUUUUUGACCCAAUAUCAUAGUCAAACAUCUCAUUUGUGUCAUUAGUCACCAGGUUUAAAAAUUAAACUUACAUUAGAUUUGUCAAGAAAAGAUACAGAUACAUGCAACUUCUCCAUAAGUUGACAUAUAUAUUUCUUAUAUAUAUAUAUAUAUAUAUAUAUAUAUUGUUAUGACCACCUCCAGUCCCAAUUUCAAUUGGGAUUGACCACUUUAUACUGGAAUGUAUUGUUCUGUUCUGUACAAGACAGUAAAAUGUUGCUGUUUUUUGCCGUUGCAACAAUGCAAAGUUGUGUGGUGCGAGAGAAAACUAAUAAAUGAUACAAUUUUGUCCUUUUCACCCAAA